AUGCCGCUCAGCCGCCGAGGGCAUUGCGUCAUUGAUCGCAUCUGGUGUUGGGCUUCAAUCUCAUCGCCAGAAGUCCACAAACUCCCCCUCCGCCCUUCAGUCAUCCGACUUCCGCUCCAGAACGGUCCCCAGUCCUCCCGCCAAAUCCACCAUCUUCAUAGAACACUCUUCGUGAGCCCUCACCGAACACGCGACAACACCACUGUUUCACCACCUGCCCCUCUCCGAACCACCAUCUCGCGCACCAUGUCCGACGACGCCUACAUGAACUUCCUGAACAAGGCCAACGCGGACUUGGCCACCGCGCGAGCUCAACAAGCGCAGGACUCCCCCGCCGUCCGUACUGAAACAGUCGAAACGGGUGUCCACGUCCCAGCUCCACUGACCUCAGUUGACGCCUACUACAUCUCUGAAACUGACGAGCCAUUCGAACCCGUCGCACUGCGAUGGGAGGGCGCGUCUCAAGGAAUCUUCCCUGAUCCUUCGCAUCUAUCCAGGCUGAUCUCGCCGAAUGCGGAUCUUUCAUCAUCGAUCACUACUCUAUCACCAUCCUCUUUUGAUCCGAGGAAUCAGUACCCGUCUGCGCUGCGCGCGGUUCGCGCCGCCGUCGCGGAGUCGUCGGGAGGGGAUGAAUCGGCGGUGGAUGUGAAGGUUUAUCGGGUUGAGGUUGGGUCGUCGCUGAUUGAGUAUUAUAUCCUCGCGGUGGAUGCUGAGAAGUCGUUGAUUGUGGGAUUGAGGACGAAGGCUGUUGAGACUUAG